AUGGCGAAUAAAACAACAUCUUUAUACUUAGGAAAUGUUGAAAUAUUCGAUUCCGAAGAACAAGCAAUUGAUGAAAUUUAUGAUGCCAUUGGAUAUAAGCCAAUAAACAUACGUUUUAUGAGAGAUCCAGCAUCCGGAAAUCAACUUAACUAUGGCUUUAUUAAAUUUAAGAAUGCAUCAGAAGCAACAGAGGCCAUGAGACUCUUGAAAGGCUCAUUGAUGAGGAGAAGGCCAGGAGUUCGUUGGAAUGUAAAUUGGGGAACAGAUAAAAACGAAUCCACAGAUGCAGACAGUCUCGUUAAAGCCGAAGGAUAUUCCGUAUACGUCGGAAAUAUUCCAAAUACCAUUGAUGAUAACGCGUUGCUUGACUUUUUCAGAAAUUACAUUCCCUCAGCGAUCAAUGCACGUAUUGUUUAUGCCAAUGGAGUUCAUAAAGGCUUUGGCUUUGUUAAAUUCUCAACUUACCAAGAAUGCUUAAGCGCAAUUGAAAAGUUAAAUAAUGUUAACGCCUGGGGACGCCCACUCAGAAUUUUCGAAGCAGAAAAUAAUAGAAUUCUUGGUGUCAACCAAGAAAAUAACACAACUCUUUACAUUUCCCAACUUGAUCCAAAUAUUAUCAAUGAAGAGAUUCUUACAUCUACUUUCGGCCGCUACGGUAAUGUAGUUUCCAUCAAGAUCGAUCCAGUUAAGUUCAGCUGGGCUUUAUUGAAGAUGGAAACCCAUUCCAUGGCAGAAUCAGCCAUGAACGCACUCCAAGGAGCCAAAUUCGGCGGCACAUCAAAAUGCGCUAUUAACUGGGGCCGUGAUGUCGAUGAUUCUUCUGUAAGUGACAAAUCUUCCAGAAUUUCGAUUCCUUCAAUGAAACCGACCAAACAAAACAGGAGAAAUUACGUAGAAUUCUACACAAAGGAAAAUAUCCACAAGAUUAUUAACAUAAUUCAGUCGAUUUCGGAAAGUCAAAGAGAGCUUCCUUUACCAAACACAGAUCCUCAAGUUGCGAACCGUGCUUACGCCAGACAAUCUAUUCCUGCAUCAACUCUCUUUGAUACCAAAGAAUUUCACGAUUAUAUUCCAAAUGAUCAGAACAUUUGGUAUUUUUAA